AAAAAUCGAUUUUUUAUUGAUGGAAGAGAAGAAGAGGAAGGGUGACAGAGACCAAAGCCUCGAGAUGGUCCUAAUGAAAUUAGCAUCAAGAGCAAGUUUCUCUCUUAUAAAUCCCCAUUCUGAUUUCUGGGUUUGAUCCAAAAUUCCUUCUUGUCAAUCUGUUCAUUUUGUAAAAGUAGAUGGAACAUAGCAAGAAUGGCUCAAGAAGACCAAACCCAAAAGUGUAGCAAUACUAGUAGUGGUGCUAGUCUUGGCUUUGCAAGCAUUACUAGAUCUUCAUCCAAAAAAACCAAGCAAAAAAAAGUGCCACAGAGAGGACUUGGUGUUGCACAGCUUGAGAAAAUCAGGCUUGAAGAUCAGCAAAAGAAAGCAGCAGCUGCUGUGAUUUUGUCUACCCCAUCUUCUUUAUCCUCACCGACCAAAUCCACAUCCUCAUCAUGUCCUUCUGUCCCAAUUAGACAUUUUUAUCACUCUAAUCAUAAUCAACCACCCUCUUCAAUCCCAUUUCCUUCUCUACCAUCACUAGAUCUACCUUCACCAAACUCAAUUUUCAGGCCACCAUUAAUUCCAACCCAGAACAUUGAUGUAAUUAGGAAGCCAAUUAGCACUGUUCCAUGGGGAAAUAACAAUAAUAAUAAUGGUGGUCAUGGGUUUGAAAUUCAGGGACAUGGCAAUAAUAAUGUUCCUAACUUGUGGAACCCUUGUGACUUCAAUCUUGAUCAGAAGGAGAGUUCUAAUUCUGGGAUUGAUCCCGGAUUGGCGUUUCGGUCUACUUUGAAUUUGCCUUUUGAGUCCAACAACCCCAUUUGGCCUCUCACCAAUGUGCCACAAAGAACACAACCAUAUCAUCAGCAGCCUCCUCCUCCUCCUUCAAUGGUGAAUGUGUCAUCAACAACUUCAUCAUCAUCUGUACUAAACUUUCAGAUAGAGCCCCCUUCAAACCAAAGCUAUUACAGCAACUGUACACCUAUGUGGCCGGAUGAAGAAAAGAUGGUUGGCAUGAAGAGGCCAUACCCCUUUUCUCUAGACAAUCCACCAGGCCCCUCCAUCAACUUUAAAUUCCCUACCUUUGUUGCUCCUAUGAGAGCAGAUGAAGCAAGUUCAUGUGGGAACAGAUGCACCUACAAUUUGGAGCCUUCAGGCAACCCAAUUUUCAGAGAAGCCCCUUCAUGCUCAACUUCAAUUUCGGAGUCGAAUUCAAGGAACAGCAUUAAAGAAAAUGGGAGUGUCAAUGGAGAUUUUCUCACCUUAGCCCCUCCUACAACCAGUAGUAGGACAUGUCCCAGCCCAAAGUUGAACCUCCCUUCAACUUAUCUAGCGUUCCAUAACCGCGAAGUCCCUGAGUUUGAAUCAUUUUCUUAUCAAGGCAAUGCGGAGGACACAAAUUUCCAGCCAGGACCAAGCUGUUCACAUCCACAACAAGCUUUCUACAGCUUCUUCCCACCAGCAAAGGCACAAAUUGGAAGAGCAGUAACCACUAUAAACAACAAUUGUAAUGGUGAACUAGGAGAAAGUGUGGAUCUCAAUUUGAAGUUAUAAAUCUGAUCUUUGGCAGGCUAGUUGUCUCUCUGUGAACCAUAUUAGGAAAUUUUUUUUUUUUUCUUUUUUGCUGCCCUUAAAUUUCAACAUAUCAGUGGGGUAGAUAUGUCUAAAUUUGCAUAUGUAAGCUUCAGACUUGUGAAGGGUGAGAAUUAGAAAAAAGACAGAGGAGAUGCAGAUCUGUCUGUUUGAGUGGUUACAUAUAUAUUCAUGAAGCCAAAUACCAGUGGUUGUUAACUUCUUGUGUGCCUAGGGAUUUUGGGGUUUUCUUUGAGUUAUGUUGUAGUUUGUUUUGGUUGGUGGAUGAUGGAUGACAGAGGCAGGCAGCACUGAGAGUUGCUAACAAA